CCAACGAGCCACUUGUGUAGUGCUGCAAACCGUCCCAGUGACGUUUGAUUUCUGAAUUGUUAUUCGAAAUUCUUUUCAACCAUUUUUAAUAAAAGAGCAUUAAGCCCCUAAAAUGAAGACCACACCCAAGAAAAAGGAGAUGUCCCUCCGCCUGCGGGAGUCGCGCCGCGAAGAACACAAGCCGGAGACCAGCCAGCAGCAGCAGGCAGAUGACGAUGUAGAAUCGGACCUGCCCAUCCGAGGACGUCCCUCGAAGAAGCUGCUUCUCCAGCAGCAACAGCAGCGUCGCCAGUACCAGGUGAAGUUGGAGCCGGAUCUCAAGACAGUGGCAGCUGGAGCCGCAUCCACUUCUGGGGCUGGCACCUCAGGAACUCGCAUCAAGGCCAGACGCACGCUGUACAAGAAGUCGGCGAACAACGGUGCUGCCUCCGUGAAGGGUGCCGGUGAAUCCUAUGUGAUGCGACUGUUCGAGCGCAGCCUGGACCUCUCCAAGUACGAGGAGAACACGCCGCUGUAUCCCAUUUGCCGCGCCUGGAUGGCCAACCAGCCACGUAAUCCCGCCGUGGCCGCUUUCAACACCGAUGGCUCUCUACAGAUACCAAAGCGCGAGGACAACGGUGAGGAGAUCCUUGCCAAACUGCGCAGCGGUGAAAUCAAGGUGCUCACCCAAUUGCCAGCGCCAAGACGCACGGAUCUGCCCAUCAUUCCCCCGCGUCUGGAGUUCGCCAAGGAGGACAAGCGUCUCCAGAACGCCAGUCACUCCGAUCUACUGUCGGCCAACAUGGCUCGCUGGAAGAAGGUGCGCGCCCACUGGCUGAAGCAUGACAAGAAGUACCAGCACGAGCGUUAUGCGAUUAUUGACCAGAUAAUGGCAGAGGUCUGCAAGAGCAACUCAAACUAGGAUCAGUAAAAUGGAUCAGGGCAAGGAGUAGAUAAGACGAUGUAUGAGCAGGAGUAUAACUUAAGAAAUGUCUUAAAUAAAUAUGUAAUUACUUUAAAUGCCUUAAAUAUAGGUUUGCAUUUGUUUUAUAA